AUUGAUGUUUAAAAAACUUAGAUGACAUCUUGAUUUAUCUUAUUUGCAGAAUAAAAUAGUCUUUUGAUGGCGGAAGGCAGAAGUGUUUGGCGCCUCCUUUGGAGUAAUAUGCGGCAAUCCUUGAAGAUAUUACCGGUCAAAGGAAAAUUAGUGGGAGAAGAUCACCUCGGAAAUAGAUAUUUCGAAGGUUUUAGAGAUCCUAAAGUAUCCAGCAGACCAGUGUCACGUUGGUUUGUGCCAAAAGAUGGAGAAUGGCAACAAAAUCUUCCAGCGGAAUGGGAAGCUUGGAUUCGUGGAAGAAGACUUCAACCACCGACUCAGGAGGAAGUCGAAAUGAAUUUAGCUAUUGCCAAAACAAAGAAAUUAAAGGGAGAUCAAAUCGAAGCGGAGGCUGCGCUUAAAAGGAGAAAUAAUGAUUCAUUCAGAAGUCAAGAAAGUUCAUCGGAAGUCAAGAAAGGAUUUCCUCAUUUGGAUGGUCUAGAAAAAGAUCCAGGUGAAAGUUUUGAUAAAAAGAGAUAGCUCCUAUAAUUAUUAUUAGAAAAGUUAUAUUGUCAUAAUAAUGGGAUUGGCAAUUAGUUGAUUUGGCAUUGUAUUAAAACAAUUUUGUUGCUUGAUCGCACUUUUCAGAAUUGCAAUUUUAAUUGUGGCAUAUUAUCAAAUUUUUAAUUUUCUGUUUUGUCGAGGUAUUUCAUCAUGUAUGUAAUUAUGUUUGCUUAUUUUAUGUGUUUAUUUUUUAUAUGUAUGAAGAUUGUUAAAAAAAAUAAUUAUUUAAGUACAGUAGAACCCCACUUUUCUUACUAAGUUAGGAACAGUGCCUGUUUGAAUAGCAAAUCAAUUUGGAUGACCUGAGGUUCUAAUAAAACUAGAAAUAAAAAAGGUAUGUUAUUUUUAAAAAAGUUAGUUUAUAAUAUUUCUCAAUAGUUAUGUCUCUUGAGAAGCAGUAAAACUAAAAUAUUUUCUGUUUUUAUGAAGAUUUACUAAAUGUAAUGUGGGCAUGCCACCAAACACACUGAAACUGAAGUAUUAUCUUGUGAUACUCAAUCUUAUACAGAUGAAGAAAUAAUCUCUGGAGCUCAGAAUGAACAACUAGAUCUAGCAGAAACUGAUGAGCCAGAGAGUGUUCCCAUUUCUUAUUUAGAAACCACAAAUGAGCUAGAAAUAUUGUACUGUGAUGCGUGGAAGUGAUACAUCAACACACACUAAGUUUAUGAGAUGUCAGGCACAAAAGUAAUUUCACUUUGUCAAACAUACCUGACAAAUUUCUUCACCUUAAAACGUCAUUGAUCCAAUUUUUUGAAAUGCUUUUAUUAAAAGCAAAUAUGAUCCUUUGAUUAUUAUAUUAAUUUCUUUAAUGUGUACAAAAUUAUACUAAAAUGUAGCUUUUUGUUUUUCGUGUAUGUGGUUAAAUCUCGUUACAACAAGCUUCAAGGGACCUCAAAUUUUGUUUGUUGUAAUGGAAUGUAAUGGAAAGUAAAUCUAGACUGAAAAUUUAUUUUGUUGAAACUAAUAUUUCGAUGUAUUGGUAAUUGUUGUCAUUAGAUUUCACUAUAAAAACUUUUUCGGAAAUCCUUUUGAUUAUAAUGAUUGAAAAUAAAUUCAGUUUGGAUUAAGCAGAGUUUGAAUAAAUUGGGGCUCUACUGUAUUAACUUGUCGAUUUGUUUAUAUUUUUUUCUAUUUUCAGAUGAAAGUUUUAGUGUUAUGGUAUGUUGAGCAGUGUUUUAUUUUCUCUGCCCCUUUUCUAUUCCAAAAAAAAUGAUAUAAAUGAAUAAGUAAAUGAAUUUUUAUACUAACUACGUAAAUACCAGUAAAGGUAAAAUUUUGUGCGAUGAUACUUAGCUGCCAAUCCUCUUCGUAAAUUUAAACAUGCUUCCUACUAAGUCAAAGUUCGUUUCAUGUAUAGAUCUGCAAUUAUAAUAAAUAUUAUGAAACUAA